UUCACGCUUCUCAUCCGAAUAUCUGCUAACUAAUAUUUUCCAACAUUUUAAAUGAUUCCAUGUCUAUCCUUUCUUCCUCUGUCUUUCCGUCAUGCCAAUCAAAACCUCAGCAUCAUUUCCCACCACUAAGGCCAACGACAACUCCUCCUAACAAUUUCUUGUCAUCUCGUACAUUCAUCACCUCAAGAAACUUAACAUUUCCGAAGAUAAAGCUGUCAGUUGCCGCGUCUCUUGUUCUGCACGAUGACUGGCCUCAGCUCCUUCAACUCUCAAUUGGGUCUAGAGAUUACAAGUUGGGUUUGUCAAUUCAUGCAUUUCUUAUCAAACUAGGCUCUCAUAAUGAAACCUUUCAAGGAAACAAUCUUAUAAAUCUCUACUCUAAGUUUAACAAAUUGAAUGACGCACAGAGGGUUUUCGAUGAAAUGACAAUAAGAAACACAAUCACUUGGACUUCUUUGAUGAAUGGGUAUUCUCAAAACAAUAAUGACGCUGAAGCUGUAUUUGCAAUUGCUUGCAAUAUGCAUAGAUUAGGAGAAGAUUUCAGUGGGCAUACGUGCACCGUGAUUUUACAGGCAUGCGAGUCUGCUAGAGAUCAAAUAGUAGGAGAACAAGUUCAUAGUUUAGUCAUCAAAAGUGGGUUUGAGGAAAAUCUUGUUGUUGGUACUUCACUGUUGUCUAUGUACUUGAGAAGUGGGUCUUUGGCUAGUGCAGAAAAUGUUUUUCGGAAUUUGGAUGACAAAGAUAUUCAGUGUUUAAAUUCUAUGAUUUUAGGGUAUGGGAAGGAAGGAGAUGGACAAAAAUCAUUUCAGUUGUUUCGUGAUUUACUAAAUUAUGGUUUGGAACCAAGUGACUAUACAUUCACAAGUGUUUUAAGUUCCUGCGGUGGGGAAAUUGGUGUAAGAGAAGGAAAGCAAUUACAUGGACUCGCUGUUAAACAUGGUGCGGUGAAUGAAAUUUCCGUCGGAAAUGCGUUGGUUACGCUGUAUGGGAAAUAUGGGUUGGUGGAGGAAGCAGAGAAGAUGUUUUCUGGUAUGACCGAGAGAAAUUUAGUUACUUGGACUGCAAUUUUAUCGGUAUAUGUGAAGAACAGUGAGGGAAAAAAGGCCAUUAGUGGAUUUCUCGAGAUGCUUCACUUGGGUAUUUCCUUUGAUACGAACUGCCUCGCUACUUUUAUUGAUGGUUGUUCAGAGUGUAGGAAUUUGGAACUGGGAAUUCAGAUUCAUGGGUUCGCGACAAAGCUUGGUUACUUCUCAAAUCUUUUUAUAGGAACUGCUCUAAUUGAUCUGUAUGCAAAAUGUGGUAAUCUUAGUUAUGCAAAACUAGUUUUCAGCAGUCUUGCUGUUCAAAAUACUGCCGGUUUCAAUGCUAUUCUAGCUGGUUAUAUGAAGAUAGAUGAAGGUGGGGGAGAAAAAGACGAGUAUAUGUUUUUAUUUCACCAAGCAAGGCUCUCUGGAGUAGAACCGGACUUUGUUACUUUUUCACGGCUCAUUGGUUUGUCUGCUGAAAAAGCGUCUCUAGUCAAAGGUAUGGCUUUACAUGCUUAUUCCAUUAAAGUAGGACUUGAGAAUGAGAUUAUUGUGGGAAAUGCACUAGUUUCAAUGUAUGCAAAAUGUGGUGAAGUUGAAGACUCUCGUAGAAUGUUUUACACAAUGGUGUGCCAUGAUUUGGUUUCAUGGAAUUCGUUGAUUUCUGGUUGUGCUCUGCAUGGACAAGGAAAGGAAGUUUUAUUGCUCUUCGAAGAAAUGAGAAGAAGAAGAUUUAUACCUGAUGAGAUAACAGUACUGUCAGUUCUUCAAGCUUGCAGCCAUUCAGGUUUAUUUGAUGUCGGGAUUCACUUAUUCUGGAACAUGGAACCAAAUUUUAAGAUCAAACCAGCAAUUGAGCAUUACGCGUGCAUGGUUGAUCUUUUAGGUAGAUCAGGUAGCUUGUCAAAAGCUAUGGAGUUCAUUAAGCAGAGUGCAUUUUCGGAAUCACCUUUGUUAUGGAGAACACUGAUCAAUACAAGUAAUCUACACGGGGAUGUAAAGAUAAGUACCCUUGCUUCAAAACAUUUGCUUGAUCUGGUUCCAGAUGAUGCAGGUUCAUAUGUUCUUAUUUCAAAUAUGUAUGCUGGAGGAGGAAUGUUCAGUGAUGCUGCAAGGGUAAGAACACUGAUGAAUAACAGGAAGAUGAAAAAGGACGCAGGCUGUAGCUGGAUCGAGAUUGAAAAUAAGGUUCACAGGUUUUUUGCUAGUGGGGAAUAUCAUCAAAAGAGCAAGGAAAUAUAUAAGAAAUUGGAUGAACUAAGGUACCUUAUGAAAGAGAAAUCACACCCCGACAUUGUUUCCCUACAAACUUGGGAUAUGUAGUUUUGAGAGAUUUCAAAGAAACAAUGGUCACACAUACUGGUAUGGUAUUCCAGUACCUGAGUGAUGGCAGAAAUCACGCUAUCGAUUACUUGUUCUUGAACGAAAAAGUAAAGGGACUACAGAUUGGAUUGCUUUAUUAAGACGGAGCGAAUGAAUAUUUGAGCUCCAAUCAACUUUAAGCUCAAUUACACAAUUCUAUACCUGAUAAGUAAAAAAGGAAGAAGAAGAAAGAAAUAAAAAGGAAAAUAUGAAGGAAAAAGGAAAAAGACACUGUAACAUUGUGUGUUUUAAUAAUAUAUCAUUUAAUUCUCAUA